UUCUAUUUCCGAAUUAUUAUUCGUCAUUAUUAGUAGGUUUGAGUUAAAAGGAAUGAGAUUAGAUAAAUUCUUUUGUUAUUUUAUAUUUUUGUUAAUUAAAAUUGACAUAUUAAAUGCACAGUCAUGUAAUGUUCAUAGUUUUAAAUUUAUUGAAAACAAGGUAUUUUGUGAAGCUGACAAUGAUGUUUCAACAUCAUGUUUAGGAAAACCAUUUCCAGUGAAGAGAGCAUACGUUAGAUGUUCAAAUAAAUAUCAUAAUUAUAAAAAUAUUCCAUUAUUGACUAUUGAUUGCCAAGAUAAUGGUGAAUGGAGUGAUAAAAUUUUUAGAUGUAGACCAGAAUGUGAUGAUAGCAAUAUAUCAUUUAAUUUAAUUAAUCAUCCUGAUACAGAAUAUCCUCCAUGGUAUGCUGAAGUAAUUGAAUUUUAUCCGAAUUCAACUAUAAAAAAUUUUUAUCCUGGAGUAAUUUUAGCAGAAAGGCAAAUUUUGACAAAAAGAGAAUACUUUGAUCCUAGCCUUCCUGAAUUUUCUGCAGUUAACCUUGAAAUACGAAUUCCAAGAUUAAAGUAUAAAAAACCUAAAAAAUAUGUUCCAAUUUUUAAAACUUAUUUUAAUAAUAAAGAUCUUUUUGUUACGAUUCCGGGGCUAACCACAGAAGAAAUUGCUAAUACAACUACUGUUAUUUAUAUAGAUCAGAAGGAAUAUAUUCAAUUUGAUGAUGUUACAUUACCUGCUUGUGAUAGAAUAUAUUCAGAAGAAGAUAAAGGAACUUUAAAACUGUUACAGUUUGGAAAACGUUGGAUUUCAGAUUUAUUACCAAUUUAUGAAGUUCAUUGCUAUGUACCCCAAGUAAAUAAAACUGAAAUGGAAGUAGCGUGUUUUAGAUUUAAUAAUGAACAAAGUGAAUGUGGAGUUGUAGCAUAUCGUGCAUUAGUACGAUGUCAAAUUGGUUAUCAACAGAACACUAAUAAUAAUAAAGAUUUUAUAACAACUUGUACAUUGUUGGAUAAUUGGGUUCCUAAAUUAGAAGAGAAUGAUGGUUGUACUUUAGUAUGUGGAGAAGUAGACAGAAAAUAUCGACCAAGACAAACUGAAUUAAUAUUUGGUGGUUCUGAAACCCAUAAUGGAUUUGCUCCGUGGCAUGUUGCUAUUUAUUUAAAUAACACGAAGAAACAAACUAUUCAACAAAUAUGUGGUGGCAAUAUAAUUCAUUCGAAUAUAAUUUUGUCAGCUGCUCAUUGUUUUUAUAAUCGUGGCACCGAUAAAAUUAAUAAUGCUUCAAGUUAUAUAAUUGGUGCUGGUAAAUUUUAUCGUCGAUACGAAACAUUAGAAGAAUCUGAGCAAUACUCAAGCGUCUACGCCAUUCAUAUUCCUGAAAAUUUUGAAUCCUUUCCAAUACGAAAUGAUAUAGCAGUUUUAAUACUUGAUAAACAUAUGAACUAUACGGCAAAUAUUAAACCAGUUUGUAUUGACUUUAGUUCACAUACAAUUCCUGGUGAUUUGGAAGGUUCUAUUGUUGGAUGGGGUGCACGAUCAGCUACUGACGAGGAAAGUAAUGAAUUAUUAACAACUAAUUUAACAACUUUAACUAAUAUUAGAUGUAAACAAGUAGUUGGUCCAACUGAUAAAUCUGAAGUUACAAAUGAGAAAUUCUGCGCUAUAAAUGAGAAUGGUUCAGCAGCUUGUAGAGGAGAUAGUGGUGGUGGAUAUGUUAUAAAAAAGAGUAUUGAUGGUAAAGAUCGAUACUUUUUACUUGGUGUCGUCAGUAUCGGUCUUAAUAGUAAAAAUUUUUGCUCAAAUGGUUUUACGACAGUUUUUACAAAUAUUUUAAUUUAUGAAGACUUUAUCAAAAAAAGUAUUGCGAUUGGCAGAAAUCGUAACACAUAUGAACGUUACGAAAACCUAAAAGAAAGAUCGAAGAAUUCGAAUACCUCAACUGUUCUAUAAUAACAUCCUUUAUACUACUAAAACCAUGCGGAACUGGCAUUCCCAUAAAAAAAUUAUAGUAAAUCUGGUAGAAUCAUGGAAAUUUAUUUGUAACAUUAAAAAAUAGUCUCAGUGAAGAGCAGUCUUAAUGCUUUCCGUUGUGUAAUCAGACGACGUACAACUGCACUAUCAAGUCAUAAAAUUUUAUUUAAUGUUUAAGUAAAAAUAGUAUUCUAAAUAAAUAUUUUUUCUUUGUAUAAAAUUAAGGAUUAAA